CGGCGUCUCCCGAUUGGUCGGAAGGUGUCAGUGGCACGAUUUAAAAACAUCUCUCGACUUGCCUGCGUUACGACUUGCUCCUUUGCUGUCAUCAUGGCUGGUUGGGUGCCUUCUGUGGCUUUGCUCCUUGUUCUGAUGGCUGCUGCCACUCUCUGCUACCCGUUUAGGCAAGCUGCUGGUCCCAGGUCUUUCCCUAGCAGUCACUACAAACCACGCACUCUGCUGGACCAUGCGCCGAAGCGGGAAUUCACACCUCAACUUUCAGUUGCCGGGGCGAGGCAUCCAGCUGUGGAAGAGGGUGUUGGUCAAGCUGUGUCUGACAAUCCAUGGGGUCAUGGUAAUAAACUACCAGUCUCAAGUGGUGCAGAAAAUGUUCCCAAUCCAGAGGACUCCAACGAAAAACCUGAUUCGUCAGGCAGCAGCGCCGUCAAGCCGGAAGUCUCAGGUUCCCUUCCACCAGGCGGUCCCGGUGCUUCCAGUUUCGGCCCUUACUUCCCACCCCCUCAACCAGAGUUUCAGCCCGGUGAGCUGUUUCGCAUGGAGAAGACCUUUGAGCACGGUGACUACGAAUCUGAGCGUGAAACGCAAGGCUUCCCACAACAACCUCGUCGCUGGCCACAGCCUGUUCCGCUUCCUUAUGACUCGACACCAGAGAGUGUGGCACGUUCGCCUGCAGACAUUUUCCCACCACCCGUUAGCAGACCUUUUGUGCCUUAUCCUUUUGACUACUAUUUCUUGACCGGCCAGUAUCCUCCAGGCACAGCGACUCACUUCAGCAGCAGCUUUGAGCGGGGUAGGAACUACAACCAGGACCUUCAUUACGAAAAGUAUGAGGAGGACUACGAGCCCGGAUGGCCCCAGGAGUACUCUGCUGAAGCGUCUCAGAACUCUGGCCAGGGAGGUAGUCAUGGGAGCACCUCAAACUCAAGACAAGAUCCAGCCUCCAGCUCUGGCUACUACAUGCCUUACAAUCAGCCUGGUCAAGUAAAACUGCCUGUUCACUCUUACCAGAGACGGGUUGGACAUUAAGCACCUUCACGUGGUCUUUGAAUUUCAAUAAAUGGAGAAAUCUGCCUUGA